UGCUGGGGCAGAUGGAUGGGCUGUGGUAGGAUGAGCCCUGCCGUGCUCCUGCUGCUCUCCCUGGCCAGCUGCUCCCUGCUCCAGGGGACGCUACUGAGGCCACGGCGCGUCAGGCUGGAGGCACAGAACUUCCACGUCUUGCUGCGCUGGGAGCCAGACCCCAGUUCACCCAGCUCUGCCACCUAUGAGGUGGAGUGGAGGAACAGGCAGGAUGGCAGUGGCUGGGCAGCCCUCCCUUUGGGCUGGGAGGAUGCUGAAAAGAAGCAAUCCCUGUGCUUUCUCCCUGGGCAGAACCUCAAACUGGACCAAGGCAGGUGCCUAUGGGGGGAACAGCAGAAACUCCUGUGUGUGUGAGCUGUAUUUUGACAGGAUUCAUGAUAUCUACUGGGCACGGGUGAGAGUGGUGGCCGGAGGUGAGCAGUCCGAGUGGGCCAUUUCCAGCGAGCUGCAGCUGUACAGAGACACAAUUGUUGGCCCUCCCAAGCUGUCUUGGCUGCUCCAGGACCAAAUCCUCAGCAUAAACAUCAUCACACCACCCACUCCCUACCAGAGAAGGACUGGUUCCUACAAGCCAGUCAACCGAGUGCUGCUGAAGCUGUGGUACUGGCUGCAUCUGUACGAGGGGGACCUGCUUGUCCAGGAGGUGCCCUGCAAACAGAGCAGCGAGGAAGUGCCUUGCACCUUUGGGCACCUGAAGCCCAGCACACAGUACUGUGUCCGGACGAUGGCUGCAGACAUUGCCAGGGAGCGGAGCCGGGAGGCUGAGCAGUGCCUGGUGACUCCAGCAGCCCCUUCAGGCUUUCCAUGGGUCCUUGCUGUGCUGAGUGCCUUCUUCCUGCUGCUGCCGCUAAGUGUGGCUGGGAUCUGCUUCAUGCUGCUGCAUGUCUUUCCCAAUCCUCCGGAGAUGUGCCUCCCAAAAGCACUGACUCUCCAGAACAGCAAGCUGAGUGUGGCCAUGCAGGUGCCUCCACUCCAGCUUGAGGAGGACCCACUGGCCCUGCUCCUGCAGACUGUGCUCCCCUCCCACGGGCCAUCCACAGCUGUGCAGGCAUCAGCCAUGGUCCCACGGCUCCUGCAAGGCCUUGUCCAGGAUGUGAGUGGCUACUGUGCCAAUGGGUUUGGCCCAAACUGCACUGAGGGAAGGGACCCAUCCUGCACCCACAGUCAGCUGGGGCAUGCCUUAGGUUCUCAGGUCCCCUCACAGCUGGAGAAGGAUGAGGAGGCAGGUGAUGGGGAUGAUUUGCCAGAGCAGCUGGUGCUAAUGGAACUGUCUGGACACAGCUACAUAGGUGACAGGGACAGCCAGAUACCUAAAAUAUGGCUCCCCCUGCACCUCCAGCUUUAUUCUAAAUGCCAGUGCCCAAUUCUGGGAGCAGACAGCCACCUGCCUCUGCCCGUGCCAAGCAGAAGCUGCAGCCAGGAGCACCUGCAGGAGAGUCGGGGCACGGCUGGGCACUGGAUCCGGCUCAGCUCCGUGAGGCUCCUGCCCAGCGCGGAGACAGAGGGAGGGCAGCGCCUCUGUGUUCCCCAAACCCUGCGGGGCGGCGGGACUGACCCAGAACAAGGUGACAGCACCGUGCAGCGAGGCUACCCGGAGCAGGGAGAACCGUGUCUGUGCAGCCCCUGCCGGCUGCCCCCCUCGCCCCGCAGCGUCCUGCGGACAGUUCCCUUCUCCGGCUACGAGCCCCGGGCCCCAGAGGGCAGCGAGCUUUAGCGAGCAGGGCAGGCUCCAGCGCCCAGCAGAGCCCAGGGCGCCUCCCCCAGCUCCCCGGGACGGCUGUCUGUCUGUCUGUCUGUCCCAACCUGCUGGGGCAGGGCUGCGCGUGGGACCGGGGCAGGCUCCAAAGGCAGGCACAGGCACGUUCCGGGCACUGCCGCCAAGGAUCCACCAAGGACGAGGGGGGAUCCAGAGCUUUCCUCUGGGGAUUUGGUGCUCUUGAGACACCUCAUAAGGAGCAUGGACCAACGCUGAACCCCCAAAACUCUUAUCUAGAGAUCUGUCUGUAUGUGUGCAUGUAUGGUACAGUAUCUAUACUAAUGUAACACUCAUAUAUACAUAUAUAUUUGUAAAGCUCUUUAAUGAAAAAAAUGUUGGGGUUUUUACUUCUGUGUUGAUUCUAGAAAUGUUGAUUCUGUGCCGGAGUUGUUUUUAAAUAUCACUAAUUUAUUCUAGAAAA